AUGGCGUCUGCAGCAGCUCGUGGUGGAAGAAAGCGCAAAAUUGUGGCAGAAGAAGAGAAGACCAAACCUGCUAAGGAGGCAAAAGGAGAAGAAAUGCCUGUGCUGGAAGGCCCAAAAGUAGUUAUUGAACACUGUAAGAGCUGACGAGUGUAUCGGCAUCAUGCUGAAGGGGUGAAAUCUGCCCUGUUGACUGCACGCCCUGAACUGACUGUGGUCCUCAAUCCCGACAAGCCCCGCAGGCAUAGCUUUGAGAUCACUCUGAUAGAUGGAGGCAAAGACACAUUGCUUUGGACUGGAAUAAAGAGGGGUCCACCUGCUAGGCUGAAGUUUCCUGAACCUGAUGUUGUAGUCUCUGCUCUAAAAGAGGCGGUUGGUGCAGACUAG